CGGACCGCAAGGACCGCACUGGACCAAGCCGGAUUCGGGCAUCUGCCGCUGAUCGCAGGAGCAGGCGGCCACUCAGUGCAGCUAGCCAUCCAGUCCGUGCACGCGGCGCACGCAGCCGGCGCGUCGCAUGUGCUCGUCCUCCCAUCCUCUUACUACCCCGCGCAGAUCGGCCGGCCCGGCGCGCGCGAGUUCUACACACAACUGGCAGACUCGUCCCCCGUUCCCAUAUUAAUCUACUCGUACCCCGGCGUCAGCGCCGGCAUCGACCUCGAUAGCGAGCUCGUCGCUGACCUGGCGCACCACCCCAACAUCCGCGGUGUCAAGCACACCGACCACAAUAUCGGCAAGAUGGCGCGCCACUGCGCCCUACCCUCUGCCGCCGAUGCCGAUGCCGCCAGCUUCUUCGUCCUCGGCGGCGCGUCCGACUACUACAUCGGCGCGCUCGCCGUCGGCGCUCACGGCACCAUCACCGGUAUGGGCAACAUUGCACCGCGAGCCGUCGUUCGCCUGCAACAGCUCUGGGACCAGGGCAAGUACGAAGAAGCCAGGAGUCUGCAGGGCCUCGUAAGCGUCGCAGAGUGGGAGCUCGGCAAGGGAGGGGUACCCAUGCACAAGGCACUCGUUGUUGCUACGCGCGGAUACGGCGGCGCACCAAGGCGCCCGCUACAGCCCAGCGCGAAGGCUGCCGUCGCACAGGCUGAGCGGGGCUUCGCCGCACUGAUGCAGCUCGAAAGGAAGCUUGAGAGGGAAGCGUAAAUCGAUGGGGUAAAGGGGAAAGCACACGUACAAGGCUCCCUCCAUGUACACAUGUAUCCA